ACUCGAGUGGGUGGUGAGAGGCCAAUCGAGUCCGUGGGAGCCUGGGAAGCUGGAGAGGAGCGAGACAGCCAGUGUGCGCUGCGCGCUCUGCGCUGCCCGGGCCGGGGCGGACGCGUGCGGUGUCUCUGAGUCCUCGGAGAGGCGCCCCAGCCCCUGCAGAGAUCUUGCUUGCCUGAGCUCCGGGACCAGGACACUCAGAGCUAGGAGGUCGGCGGAGAGACACCCGAGGAAAAAAAAAACCAAAACACUGAUUUGGAGAGUCCGCCUCGGGGAGACGCGGAGCCUGAACGGAUGGAGGAACAAUGCCGCCUCCAGAAGCAAAGCCUUUCUUGAACCUUCGCUGGAGUGUGGAGUCUGCUUUCUGCUCUGCUCUCCCUGGGCCUUGAAGCUACUUCUGGGCUUGGUUCCGCCUCUUAGUUUGACAGGAAUUAGAAAGUUGCUCUUCUUCUCUGUAACGUUUCCUGCGAAGUGUUUUUCAUAUCUGCGUGCUGGUUCGAGUCAAGAUGUCACUUUCUAGAUCCCCGCGAGGAGCGACUAAUAGAUUAUGCAUUGUUGGGCAAUAAACUCUCCCGGGAAGCGAGGGGUAGUCCACGGAAACGUUUAAUCCGGUCUCCACUGACUCCUGCCUGCCUCAGCACAAUGCCUUAAAAUCACCUGAUGGCAAGGUCUGCUCCACUGCCUGGAUUUAUUUCCUAGAAUCUAUGAACUUUCAUGGCAUCGGAAUCAUGGAGCUUGUUCUAGUUUAAUAUAGACCCACGGUUAACUGGAUUUGAUUGAUAAGAGGGAAAUCUACAGUCAAUGGCCACUCCCACCACACUGCUGCUAUGGAAAGCAGAUCGGUCAAUAAGAGAUGGUCUGAUGAGUAGUGAGGAUUGAAGAUGCCGCUUCAACCUGUGGGAAAUCAAUGGGAGAUCCUUGCUGCGUGAAGGGUACCUCGAGCUUUCCUCCCCAAGCUAACAUUUGAGAAGCUGGAGGUGCAUUCUACCAUCGUUUCAAGGUUCCCAAGUGGAUACAGAUAUAUUUGCCUCACUGUAUCAGAGAGCUAGACAACUAAUGUGGGACCAUGGCGCGUCCCAGAAGCAUGUGGCCAAAUUAUGUUUGGAGAGCCAUGAUGGCUUGUGUUGUACACAGGGGGUUGGGUGCCCCAUUGACUCUCUGUUUGUUGGGAUGUUUGCUGCAGACUGUCCACGUGCUCUCUCAAAAAUUGGAUGAUGUAGACCCAUUGGUUACCACUAACUUUGGCAAGAUAAGAGGAAUUAAGAAAGAACUCAAUAAUGAAAUUUUGGGGCCUGUCAUUCAGUUUCUUGGGGUCCCAUAUGCUGCUCCACCAACAGGUGAACAUCGUUUUCAGCCUCCAGAACCACCGUCUCCCUGGUCUGAUAUCCGGAAUGCUACUCAAUUUGCUCCUGUAUGUCCCCAGAAUAUCAUUGAUGGCAGAUUGCCUGAAGUUAUGCUUCCUGUUUGGUUCACUAAUAACUUGGAUGUGGUAUCAUCAUAUGUACAAGACCAGAGUGAAGACUGCCUAUACUUAAACAUCUAUGUCCCAACUGAAGAUGUAAAAAGAAUAUCCAAGGAAUGUGCCAGAAAACCCGGCAAGAAAAUAUGUAGAAAAGGAGAUAUUCGGGAUAGUGGGGGUCCCAAGCCAGUGAUGGUGUACAUCCAUGGUGGCUCUUACAUGGAAGGCACCGGAAAUCUAUAUGAUGGGAGUGUCUUGGCAAGCUAUGGCAACGUGAUCGUCAUCACAGUCAACUAUCGGCUUGGGGUACUUGGUUUCUUGAGCACAGGGGAUCAGGCUGCCAAAGGAAACUACGGGCUCCUUGACCUCAUCCAGGCCCUAAGAUGGACUAGCGAGAACAUUGGGUUCUUUGGUGGUGACCCCUUGCGAAUCACUGUGUUUGGAUCAGGCGCUGGGGGCUCAUGUGUCAACCUGCUGACUUUAUCCCAUUAUUCUGAAGGUAACCGUUGGAGCAAUUCAACCAAAGGACUUUUUCAACGAGCAAUAGCUCAGAGUGGAACAGCCCUUUCCAGCUGGGCUGUUAGUUUCCAGCCUGCAAAAUAUGCUCGCAUGUUGGCCACAAAAGUUGGCUGCAAUGUGUCAGAUACAGUGGAGUUAGUGGAAUGCCUACAGAAGAAGCCUUACAAAGAGCUUGUUGAUCAAGAUGUGCAACCAGCCCGAUACCACAUAGCCUUUGGACCUGUGAUCGAUGGUGAUGUAAUUCCAGAUGAUCCUCAGAUACUCAUGGAACAAGGAGAGUUCCUCAACUAUGACAUCAUGUUAGGAGUUAACCAAGGGGAAGGGCUGAAGUUUGUUGAAAAUAUAGUAGAUAGUGAUGAUGGUAUAUCAGCCAGUGAUUUUGACUUUGCUGUUUCUAAUUUUGUUGAUAAUUUAUACGGAUAUCCUGAAGGGAAAGAUGUUUUGAGAGAAACCAUAAAAUUCAUGUAUACUGACUGGGCUGAUCGUCAUAACCCCGAAACCAGAAGGAAGACGUUGUUGGCUUUGUUUACAGACCAUCAGUGGGUAGCACCUGCUGUGGCUACAGCAGACCUUCACUCAAACUUUGGUUCGCCUACGUACUUCUAUGCCUUCUAUCAUCAUUGCCAAACAGAUCAAGUUCCAGCUUGGGCUGAUGCAGCUCAUGGAGACGAGGUUCCCUAUGUGCUGGGGAUCCCCAUGGUUGGCCCGACAGAGUUAUUUCCUUGCAAUUUCUCCAAGAAUGAUGUGAUGCUGAGUGCAGUAGUAAUGACAUAUUGGACAAAUUUUGCUAAAACGGGUGAUCCAAAUCAACCAGUUCCUCAAGAUACAAAAUUCAUUCAUACCAAGCCCAACCGCUUUGAAGAAGUAGCAUGGACCAGAUAUUCCCAGAAAGACCAACUUUAUCUCCACAUUGGCUUAAAACCAAGAGUCAAAGAGCAUUACAGAGCCAAUAAGGUAAAUCUCUGGUUGGAGCUGGUACCUCACCUGCAUAAUCUCAAUGACAUUUCUCAGUAUACCUCGACAACAACGAAAGUGCCAUCCACAGACAUCACUCUCAGACCAACCAGGAAAAAUUCCACACCUGUCACGUCAGCCUUUCCUACUGCCAAACAGGAAGAUCCCAAACAGCAACCGAGUCCCUUCUCGGUGGAUCAGAGGGACUACUCCACAGAGCUGAGUGUCACCAUCGCCGUGGGGGCGUCUCUGUUGUUUCUGAACAUCUUGGCUUUCGCUGCCCUUUACUACAAGAAGGAUAAGCGGAGACACGAUGUCCACCGGAGGUGUAGCCCUCAGCGCACAGCCACCAACGAUCUGACCCAUGCUCCAGAAGAGGAAAUCAUGUCCCUCCAAAUGAAGCACACUGACUUGGAUCAUGAGUGUGAGUCCAUCCAUCCACACGAGGUGGUUCUUCGGACCGCCUGCCCCCCAGAUUAUACCCUAGCAAUGAGGAGGUCACCUGAUGAUGUUCCUUUAAUGACACCAAACACUAUCACAAUGAUUCCCAACACUAUACCAGGGAUUCAGCCCUUACACACAUUCAACACAUUUACUGGAGGACAGAACAAUACACUGCCCCAUCCCCACCCCCACCCCCAUUCACAUUCAACAACCAGGGUAUAGCCAGAUGAGAGAGACAAACUGCUUUUUUUUUCUGAUGGAGUGCAGUAAAAGAUUGUUGAAGACUCCUUGGCUUUCAACUUGGAAGACUCUCACUAUUUAAUUAAGGAGGAAUAUUAUGUGAAUAUACAUAUCAAGAACUUUGGUGGUUUUGAGAAAUGAAUUGUAUAUAGAUAUACACACAAAUCAACUUUACAAAAACAAAUUUCAAUUGCUUGAAGCAAUUGUUCUGAAUGAUACUUUUUCAUUCACAUUCAAGAAUUAAUUUGUUGAAGAUUUAAGUUACAUACUGGAGUUAGGCAUGUGGAACACCAAACAGGAAAGUACUGUGUCUGAAAUACUUAAAAAAAAAAAAAGAAAAAGAAAAAAAAGAAAGGAAAAAAAGGAAAAGAAACGAAAAGAAAAUCAACUAUGAAUAUGCACAAGGGACACACCAAUGGAAUGUCAGAUAAUUUUCGUCAGUUUUCAUUUGGAGCCCUUUUAUUGUGUAGACCAUAUUUGCAUAAGUACACAGAGCACCGAUGCUGUUAAUGACAUAGCAAAGGCUCAUGCUGAAUAUUGCCAGUAAAACAAAGAAGUUACAGACUGGCAGGUACAACAUUAUCACAUAAGUGCUGUCAGUACUAAGUCGUGGGGAUCAAGGAGACUGGAUAUUUUUAGCACGAUGUGCAUGAUAAUUUAUAUGCUUGGUGGCUGUGCUGCUGAUUAAGACGUAAUUAAAAUUCUUCUCAUCCCAUUGGAGUUUUUAAUAGGAACUUCCUCCAUCAAUUGGCAGAACCUAAAGAAGAUUUUAUAAGGGGCAAAAGUAAUUACAAUAAAAUAAUUUGCAGUAGUUUCGAUAAUAGAGGGAAUAGCUAUUAAAGUCUAUGGAGAAACUAUAGGUACAGAGGUGAAUACUCACUGAUAUGAGUCCCAGAAAAUUUCCUUUGAGUUUAAUGAUAUUUUCAUCCCCAUAGAAGUAAUUUAUAGAAAUACACUCUAAUUGGACACGUGUUAGCUGCAGAUCUAUAAUUUGCUGCGGGUUUGUUACUCUGAAGUUUGUCCCUUUAGGUCAGGUGAAGUGUUACAGUUUUUCAGGGUGUAAGGAUGCCCCAAUAGUACCGCUCUGAUUACAGUCCUCAGUUAAUUGAUUUACUCAUGUUGCAUGGCAAAAUGUUUACUACUAAUAAUUCAAUAUCAAGUUCAGUCCCCUUCACACUGCUUCUCUUUCUCACGGAGGUUCACCUGAAUUUCCUCAUGAGAUCUCAGUAGAGGACAACAUAGGUGCAGAAGCUAGGGGAGUCAACAGCUGGAGGGUUCGUCUUUCACACAUGUGCAAUUUCAAAUGAAUUAUCUAAGACCACAGGAAACUCUGAAACCCUGUUGUUUACCAGUAAUAUCGGUAUACCACAGACCUUUCCAAAUGUUUGUAUAUGUAAUCAGAUGUACAUUUAUAUUAAAAAUGAGAUGGACUUAAAGAGCACAUCCUGAUAAAAUGAUUUCUCUCUUAUCUGUACUAUAUUUCUAUUAGACUAAAGUUAUGUGAUUUUUUUUUACCUUUUUUCAGAUGACUAGCAAUUUUGAUAGUUUGUAAGAUAACGCAAAGGACUUUCUCUGACUAACUGAAGUAACAGAAACCUUUCUUUCCAGCUACCCUUUUUCAAGAAUUGAAAGCUUAUUAUACAAAAGAAAACACUUGUAUACUACUUGAUGGGAAGGACUUUGUGUAUCUAUCUCGACCACGUCAGUGGUCCCUGGGUGAAAUAAAGAUAAUCUGGAUAAUGACAAUUAGACAACUGCUAAGAGUCAUGGUCUUUGUCAUUAA